UACUCUCUCUCUCUCUCUUUCUAUAUCUCUACUUUUAUAUCUCUCCUUCUCUCUCUCUCUGUACACAUUCAUUCAGUGUAUGUUUCAUUUUUGAUAAUCUGAAGAUAUGUAGUGAUUUUUGAUUUUCAGGAAUGUUAGAUUUGGGGUUUGAAAGAGCUGCAUUUGUCUGAUUUUGGUCGACGUGCAAUGGGUAAAUCACCAGGAAAAUGGAUCAAAACUGUGCUUUUUGGGAAGAAAUCAUCCAAAUCUAAUUUUUCCAUAGGAAGAGAGAAAGUAGGAAAUGAGAAAGAGGUAUGGGUUGCUGCAAAGGCACCAGAAGCUGAUUUAGCAUUGGAUCCUCCCGUGGCUUCAUAUGUUGCCUUGAAUACGGUUGCUACAAAUGAAAAGAACUUGGAAGAACAUAGAGAGGGUGCAGACCUACCUCUUGAAGCGGGGAUAUUACUUCCUGGGAAUAGAGAUACAGAUACAGAAGGAACCUCACAACUAGAUGCACUGAAUGAUCCUGAAAGAACCAGACGAGACCAAUCUGCCACCAAGGUCCAGGCAGCUUUCAAGGGUUAUUUGGCUCGACGAGCAUUUUGGGCCCUCAAAGGGAUAAUAAGGUUGCAGGCGCUUGUUCGUGGGCACUUGGUGAGGAGACAAGCUGUUUCUACUCUGCACUGUAUGCUGGGAAUUGUCAAGUUACAGGCCCUUGCUCGUGGAAUAAACAUCAGGCGUUCUGAUGUUGGCCUUCAAGUGCAAAAGAAAUGCAUUCUCAUAAAGCCUCUGGAAAGCAUACUUGUGAACCCCAUUGGAGUUAACCCAUCUGUGAAGAUACCAAAGCUGUCAGCAAAUGUUUUUGUUCGUGAGCUUCUUGCUUCAUCCCCCACUGCAAAGUCUCUACGUCUACAAUAUGAUUCCACAGAACCAAAUUCAGUCCUAAACUGGUUAGAACGCUGGUCAGCAUCCCUCUUGUGGAAACCAAUUCCCUCAACAAAGAAAGUUCCCAGCUCAAAAUCCCAGAAGAAGAAGGUUAACCCACAAACUGUUGACUCUGAAACAGGCAGGGUAAAGCUUAGUGUCCGGAGGAUUCCUCCUUUAAACCUUGACAAUGUCUCGAUUCAAUCCACCUCUGAAAUUGAGAAACCAAGACGUAACCUUCGGAAAGUCUCGAGUCAUCCAGCAGAUUCAGUGCAGGAACAUCCACAAAAUGAGCUUGAGAAGGUCAAACGCAGUCUGAGAAAGGUUCACAACCCUAAUACAGAGGGCACCAUUCAGUCUGAGGCUGACAGUGAGAAGCCAAAGUAUGGUCUGGAAAAGGUUUUGAGCUUUUCAGAUCAAAAUACUGCAGAGGAGAACAUCAGUGACUCCGGUGAGAAGAUAAAGAAAGGAACAACUGUCACUGUGUCCAAACUGCCUGAUAUAGAAGCAACUCUAGAACCACCAGUGGUGAGUGAGGCAAUUGAUUUGUUAUGUGGUGAUCAAACUGCAAUAGAAUCCCAGCCUCCAGAAAAUAGUGGAAAACAUGAGGGUAUUCCUGUGACUAAUGGAGAGUUAAGAUCUAGGGAAGAUAUAACUGUCAAUGAGAGUCAGAAAUCUGCUCGGAAGGCUUCUUCUGCAGCAAAGCAGGAACGUGCGGAGAAUGGGGUACAAAACAGACCUGCGGUGCCAAGUUAUAUGGCAGCGACUGAAUCUGCAAAAGCAAAACUGAAAGCACAAGGCUCGCAAAGGUUGGACCAAGAUGGAAUUGAGAAUCAGAAUCUCACUAGGCGUCAUUCUUUGCCAGCUUCAACUAACAAGAAAACAAAUUCGCCGUCGCCAAGGGCACAGAGACCCAUACAGUCGGGUGGAAAAGGUGGAAACAAAAGUGAUAGAUCUAUGUUGUCAUCUAGAGAUGGAAAUGUGAAGGGUAUCCAAGCAGAAUGGCGAAGAUGAUUUUGACGGAAAUCAGGGUCCCAAAGGCGAGGUUUUAAGUCCAUUAGAAUUCUGAGUUUGUCUUUGUGGUGUAUGAUUAUGUCAUAUAAACCAUUAUAUUGACAUGUAACUAUAGAUGUAUGUGGGUUUGUUAAAAAAGCCAUUCCAUAUUGUCUUCUUCGCAUCAGAGGUGUUUUUUCUGAGUGAUGUAUAUCAUAUGUUGUGUUGUGCUAUAUACUUGCAAUUAAAUUUACUCUGAAACUGGUUGGUGUUGACAUGAUUCUGGCGUUCUGUUCAUAAUGCAUUUUUGCUUUUGACCUA